AUUUAGCAUUUUUAAGAGGCUCUCGCUUCGGGAAAGGCUGAAGGUCACCGGGCUCGGAAAGCGAGGGCGCUUAAAUUCUUGCUGAGACAAGACAACCUGCCUCUGCCGCGCAACUGCAACCUCACCCAAUCACCACCACCACGAUAAUCACCAGCACUUGUCGCAACUCUGUCAGCAAAGAUGGCGGACGAGGACAAGAAGGCGCGGCAUGUCGACGACAAGAAGAAGUUCCGCUUCUCGGGCAUCUUCAACCUGGCCAGGUCCAAUUCGGGGACCCUGGGGUCCAGAUCGCCCUCGAGGCAGGCGAGCACGUCGGAUGACACGGCCACGGACGGAACACAGAGGAUCAAGGUUCAUCCCGCACACAACUCGCACGACGGCGGCAGCUCAAAGACGGUGCAGCGCGAGGAGCGGGCCCGGCUGGCAAAGGAGCAGGAGCGCGAGUUGCGGCUCCGCCGGCUCGAGUCCGAUCUUCGUGCCGAACAGGUCGAGACGAGGGAGCAGCGGUCCCAUUAUGGGUCUGCCCCACUCCGGCUCAAGCUCAAGGAUGAGGACUGGGAGAACAUUCUCCCGCUCGACGACCUCAAGGAGGAGCUCAUCGGACACAAGAUUGCGACGAGGGCCCGCGUCCACGCCGUCCGAGCCAUCAGCGCCAAGCUCGCAUUCAUCGUCCUCCGCAGGCAGGUCACCACCGUCCAGGCCGUGCUGCACUCCGACGGCGACAAUGUGACGCGACACAUGGUCCGUUGGGCCGAGCACCUGCCGUUCGAGUCCGACGUCGUCAUCCGCGGCGAGCUGCAGAAGCCCAGCGAGCCACUGCGAAGCACGUCGUACGAGAACAUCGAGAUCAAGAUCGAAGAGAUCUUUGUCGUCAACGAGCCGACAGUCGAGCUGCCCUUCACACCCUAUCGGGCUUCGACGGUGGGCAACAUGGACAGCAAACUGGCUGCUCACCACCCAAAGACGAGCUCGUCCACUUCGCCUUCGACUCCCGCCGAGACGCCCGUCGAGACGCCCGCCGAGUCAACAAAGGCAGACGAUGACGACGAUGCGGAGCCGACCGUCGAUGGUGCAAGCCUUGCGGCCAACAAGGAAGUCGACAUGAUGCGCACUUCGACGCUUGCCUCGCUCGAGUCAGAGGUGGACCAUGUCAACGUACCGUCCUCGUCUGCGGCUAGCGAAGCCGAUGCAAAUGACGACUCAGCCUUGGAACGCCGAUCGAAUCGGCUGGCGCUGGCAAUGCGCAUGUCAAACCGGGUCUUGGACCUUCGCACGCCCUACAGCCAGGCCAUCUUCCGUGUCCAGUCUGCUACCUGCCGUGCCUUCCGAAACUUCCUCGAUGACCACGACUUCAUCGAGAUUCACACGCCCAAGCUCCUAGGAGGCGCAUCCGAGAGCGGCGCUUCCGUCUUUCCCGUCGACUACUUUGGACGAUCGGCCUUCCUCGCCCAGAGUCCGCAGCUGAUGAAGCAGAUGUGCAUCGUGGCCGACUUCAACAGAGUCUUUGAGAUUGGACCAGUCUUCCGAGCAGAGAACUCCAACACGCACCGCCAUCUAACAGAGUACACUGGUCUGGAUCUCGAGAUGGCCCUGGGUCCCCGGCAGGACUACCACGAGGCCAUGGACAUUAUUGACGAGAUGCUCAAGUCGAUGUUUACCUACAUCAACCGCCGAUACCCCAAGGAGGUGGAGCUGGUCCUCAAGUCGUUUGGCCAGAAGCCCCUCGUCUGGCUUGACCAGACGCCCGUCCUCGACUACGCAGAGGGAAUCCAGAUGCUCGUCGACUCGGGCUACCGCGAUGAGGGAAACGUGGUGCCAUCGCCCAACGAAGAUCUCUCUACGCGAGCAGAGAUGCGCCUGGGUGCCCUGGUCAAGGAAAAGUAUGGGACAGACUACUACAUCCUCGACAAGUUCCCUGCCUCUGUCCGGCCCUUCUACACCAUGCCUGCGCCAGGCUCGACGAGGAAUGCCAGCAACUCCUUCGACAUCUUUGUCCGCGGCCAAGAAAUCAUCAGCGGGAGCCAGCGCGUGCACCAGGCCGAAGAGCUCAUUGCGGCCCUCAAGAAGCAGGGAGUGGAUAUCAAGGGGGUACAAGAGUAUGUCGACAGCUUCAAGCUGGCCGCACCCGCGCAUGCAGGAUGCGGCAUUGGCCUCGAGCGCUUCGUCAUGCUCUUCCUCGGGCUCGACGACAUCCGAAACGCGUCGUUGUUCCCCCGCGACCCCAAGUCGCUUCGCUCGGACAAGACGUCGCAGGAGCUUCGCCACCCAGAAGCCGGCACCAAUCCUCCGCCGUGGAAGAGCAAGGAUCAGACGGACGUGGAGGACAAGGCGCAAAUGCAGCCGCUGGAGAAGCUCAUUGCAAACUACGGCAACUCCACCAACACAUCCUGGCUCGACGACCGUUUCAAGAUCUGGCGCGACGAGGAAUGCGGUGCAGCCAUUGGCUACGUCGCUCUGCACGGAUACGCCGUCGUGGUGGGCGAUCCGCUCUGUGACGCAACGCAAUUUGCAAAGGUCUCCAAGGCCUUCCUCGAUUGGCUCGCUGAUCCCGCGGCGCACAAGGGUGACGGCGGCCCACUCAAGCCCCUCUGGCUCUUGGUCUCGGAUCGCAUGGAGUUUGUGCUGGGUCAGGGCAUGAACUGGAGCUCAUUGACGUGCGUGGCUGAGUCUAGGGUGCCGCCCGCCAUCGAGCGUCGCCACAAUGCCGCCGCCGCUGCCGCCGCCUCUGACAAGGACCACGCCGCCAUCGCCGAAGACCUGGAACGCAAGCUUCGCCAGGCCAAGAAGGAGGGCCUGUCCUCGAGCACCUUCAAGGUGGGAAAGGCGCUGCCCGACGACGUCAAAAAGCAGCUCGAUGCCAAGGUGGAGGCGUGGAAGAACCACCGAAAGGGCAAGCAGGUGCAUUUGACCGAGGUCAACCUGUUCCGUGACGCAGAGCACCGCAGCUACACGAUCGUCAAGGAUGCCCACGGAGAGGUGACUGCUGUCGUUGUACUCGCCCAACUUUCGGCUGCGUCGGGCUACCAGAUCAAGUGGGCUCUCGACUUCCCUGGCGCACCUUCGGGUGCCAUCGAGUACGCCGUCAUGGAAUCCAUCGCCGAUUCGCCCCAGUCGUCGCACACCUUUGGCGCAUCGGCUGUGGCGCACCUCAAGGCCCAGCGAGGCAUCAAGGGUGUCAAGGCCAAGGCGCUCUCGACGACGUACGAGCAGCUCGUCAAGUCACUCCGCUUGCUCAACAAGGGCGAGUUCCGCAAGAAGUUUGGUGCAGUGCAGGAGGACCUCUUCAUCUGUUUCCCCAAGCGGGGCAUGUCGACAAAGGCCAUCAGGGCCAUCAUUGACUUUUUCAGCGAUGAGUAAAAAGCAGCAGUCGCAAUUUGCACUCUUUGUCCCUAUCGCUAUCGUUUGGAUUUUUUUCGUUCUUUGUUACGUCUUGUCUUGGGUUUUAGUAGUAGCAGUAGUGGUGUCGUUUGUUUUUCGAAAUUGAACAUCUUCAU